AUGUCUCGGGCAAAGCAGUGGUCAGAUGAGAUUGAGAAUUUGUACAGAUUCCAAACAGCUGGAUAUAGAGAUGAAGUGGAAUACAAGCACAUACAACAAGUAGAUAUGGAGCGAUGGCCAGACACUGGAUUUGUGAAAAAACUGCAAAGAAAGGACAAUACGUUUUACUAUUAUAACAAGCAAAGGGAGUGUGAAGAUAAAGAAGUGCAUAAAGUGAAAGUGUAUGCUUACUAA